GGACUUGCGGUAUUGGACAAAAAGAAGUAAGCAGCGGUUGCGCCUGGUUCAUCUGUUUUACAUACUAUAAGUCUGUUAUCUUCUACAUCUCUCCUCUAAACACACGGAAUUCCACCGUCGAACCGGGAUCUUGGGGCUGAGGAGGGAAUAAAGAGCCGAUCAUGAUAACGUCUGCCGCUGGAAUUAUUUCUCUCCUUGAUGAGGAGGAGCCACAGCUCAAGGAGUUUGCUCUACACAAGCUAGACUCCAUUGUUAAUGACUUCUGGGCUGAGAUUUCAGGAUCAGUAGAUAAAAUCGAGGUCCUGUAUGAGGAUGAGACAUUUCGGAGCAGAGAAUUUGCUGCCCUGGUGGCCUCUAAGGUUUUCUACCACCUCGGAGCUUUUGAGGAAUCUCUAAACUAUGCUCUUGGUGCCGGAGAUCUCUUCAAUGUCACAGAUGACUCAGAAUAUGUGGAGACCAUUAUUGCCAAAUGCAUCGACCAUUACACCAAGCUGCGGGUAGAGAAUGCUGAGCUGCCAGAGGAUGAGGAGAAGAAAAGCAUCGACCCCCGCCUUGAGGGCAUUGUCAACAAGAUGUUCCUGCGUUGCCUUGACGAUCACAAGUACAAGCAGGCCAUUGGCAUCGCCCUGGAAACCAGGCGCCUUGACAUGUUUGAGAAGACUAUCUUGGAAUCGAAUGAUGUUAGUGGACUCCUUGCCUACAGCCUGAAGGUGUGCAUGUCCCUGAUGCAGAACAAGAAGUUCCGUAACGAGGUGUUGCGGGUGCUGGUCAAGCUCUACAUGAACUUGGAGAAACCUGAUUUCAUCAAUGUCUGCCAGUGCCUGAUAUUCCUGGAUGACCCGCAGGCUGUGAGUGACAUCCUGGAGAAACUAGUGAAGGAGGACAACUUGCUGAUGGCCUAUCAGAUCUGCUUUGACCUGUAUGAGAGUGCGAGCCAGCAGUUCCUCUCCUCAGUCAUUCAGAACCUGCGGACUGUUGGAACACCCAUUCCUGCAGUCCCUGGCUCCACAAAUACAGGAACUGUGCCCACACCUGACAAAGACAGUGAUGCAAUGGAGACAGAUGACAAGGCUGGCAGCUCCCCCGCUGGAAAACCAGCAGAAACAAAGGAUGAGCCCAAAGACCAGAACGCCAAAAUGAUCAAAAUCCUUAGCGGAGAGAUGGCCAUUGAGCUGCACCUGCAGUUCUUAAUCCGAAAUAACAACACAGAUCUAAUGAUCCUCAAAAACACAAAGGAUGCAGUCCGAAAUUCAGUGUGCCACACAGCCACGGUAAUAGCCAACUCUUUUAUGCACACGGGAACCACAAGUGACCAGUUCCUCAGAGAAAACUUAGAAUGGCUUGCAAGAGCCACCAACUGGGCAAAGUUCACAGCCACAGCAAGUCUGGGUGUCAUCCACAAGGGCCAUGAGAAAGAGGCUCUCCAAUUAAUGGCCACCUACUUGCCCAAAGAUACUUCCCCUGGCUCAGCCUACCAGGAGGGAGGAGGCCUGUACGCUCUGGGACUCAUUCAUGCUAACCAUGGUGGAGACAUUAUUGACUAUCUGCUCAGUCAACUCAAGAACGCCAGCAAUGAUAUUGUCCGUCACGGUGGUGCCCUUGGCCUUGGUUUGGCUGCAUUGGGCACAGCCAGACAGGAUGUUUAUGAUCUCCUCAAGUCCAACCUCUACCAGGAUGAUGCUGUCACAGGUGAAGCUGCAGGCCUGGCUCUGGGCCUGGUCAUGUUGGGGUCCAAGUCAGCCCAGGCUAUUGAGGACAUGGUUGGCUACGCGCAAGAGACACAGCACGAGAAGAUCUUGCGUGGCCUGGCUGUGGGAAUCGCCCUGGUCAUGUAUGGACGUAUGGAGGAGGCCGAUGCCCUGAUUGAAAGCCUUUGCAGAGACAAGGACCCCAUCCUGCGGCGCUCUGGUAUGUACACUGUGGGAAUGGCCUACUGUGGCUCCGGGAACAACAAGGCCAUUCGACGCCUGCUACAUGUCGCUGUGAGUGACGUGAAUGAUGACGUCAGAAGAGCUGCUGUCGAGUCCAUCGGCUUCAUCUUGUUCAGGACCCCAGAGCAGUGUCCCAGCGUGGUGUCACUGUUGUCAGAGAGCUACAACCCUCAUGUUCGCUGUGGGGCUGCCAUGGCUCUGGGCAUCUGCUGCGCUGGGACAGGCAACAAGGAGGCCAUCAACCUGCUGGAGCCUAUGACCAAUGACCCGGUAAAUUAUGUGAGACAGGGAGCCCUCAUUGCCUCUGCCCUCAUCAUGAUCCAACAGACUGAAGUCACCUGUCCCAAGGUGAACCAGUUCAGGCAACUUUAUGCAAAGGUAAUCAACGACAAGCAUGAUGACGUUAUGGCCAAGUUCGGCGCCAUCCUGGCCCAGGGAAUUCUCGACGCAGGUGGACGUAACGUGACCAUCUCUCUGCAGUCCAGGACGGGACACACUCACAUGCCAUCAGUGGUCGGCCUGCUGGUCUUCACCCAGUUCUGGUUCUGGUUCCCCCUCUCCCACUUCCUGUCGUUGGCCUUCACACCAACCGCUAUAAUCGGCCUCAACAAGGACCUCAAGAUGCCCAAGGUGCAGUACCGCUCCAACUGUAAGCCCUCCACCUUUGCCUACCCACCAGCUCUGGAGGUUCCCAAGGAGAAAGAGAAGGAGAAGGUAUCCACUGCUGUUCUCUCCAUCACAGCCAAAGCCAAGAAGAAGGAGAAGGAAAAGAAAGAAAAGGAAGAGGAGAAGAUGGAAGUGGAGGUCCAGGAGGGUGAGAAGGAGAAGAAGGAUGAGGAGAAGGAGAAAGAGAAGAAGAAGGAAGCAGAACCAAACUUCCAGCUUCUGGAGAAUCCGGCCAGAGUGAUGCCAGCACAGCUCAAAGUCCUCACCAUGCCAGAGACCUGCCGUUACCAGCCCUUCAAACCGCUCCAUACAGGCGGGAUUAUCAUCAUGAAAGACACCAGUGAGGAAGAGGAGGAGCUGGUGGAGCCUGUCUCAGCACAUGGCCCCAAAAUCGAGGAGGAAGAGCAGGAGCCAGAACCCCCCGAGCCCUUUGAGUACAUCGACGAGUAAGAAUGUUCUCACAGCGAAGGCACUUGAAGAAGUGAGAUCUCAGCAUGUCGUUCCAGCGUCUCCCCUCUGUGCAUCCAUCUAUCCAUCCACCACCUCCCCGCUUCACUUCCUCUUUUACACGUUUCUUUCCUGCUCUGGCUCCUUGUUUGCCAGACAGGGAAUGUUUUACAUUAUCAAAUUGUAUAAUUUUCUGUCCUUACAAUAAAAAUGGUAUAUAUUGGA